AUGGCGACGUUCGCCGCUCUCCUUUUCGCUGUUCUCUGCAUCGUCUGUUUAACAGACGCACAUGUCUUCACAGAGGAUGAACGAGAGUUGUUUAAAAACAUCCACUUUGAACAGUUGCCUCAAGACCUGAAACUUGCCUUAAUGAAGAAGGAAAGAAGUAGUGAGUCAGGUUGGUGCUGUAUAUCUGAGAAACCGUUGAUGGCAAUUCAACACUCUAAGAUUGUGUCACAGACGACUAAGAGGACAAUGAGUGUCAACGUGGGUUACAAAAAAUGUGGAUUUGGCGGAUGGAAAAGAUGCGGAACCUAUGCCGUCAGGUACCAGAACAUAGUAACAUACUCCAAAGCGUAUUACGAGGUUCCAGACAAGAGUAAGUGUGCUGAAAAGGAUUUAAAAUGCUGCAACGGCAAUAUUUUGAUAGCUGGGAACUGCAUGGAACUAUCUGUAGCCAUUAAAUACAAGGAGACAUUAAAAGCACUGAAAGACCAAAACCGCCUUGACCUGGUUGGAUGAUUUCCGAAACGCAGUUGACAAAACUGGCAGGCAAAGUACUUCAAGAAAUC